AUGCAAAACAAUUCGUAUAAAUAUGAUGAUCUCCUGAUUCCUGCCAACCUAACUGGAGAAUACGACUACAUCGAGAUGCUCGACGGAAGUAAGGAGUCUGCAAAAAGGCAUUUAAGAGCCUGUGUGUGCAAACUAAGACCCUGCGUCACGAUCUGCUGCCCCCGUAAAAAUAUAUUGGCCAACGGCGAGUGUUACGAUGGUCUGAAGGAGAAUAUCGCUCUUGUCAAUCCCUAUCUGAAGCUAACCCCAAAAGACGGAUCGAUGGUAUCGGCACGGUACAAUCUUAAUGAUAUGACCGUAAUAAGGAGAGAGUUUCAGGAAUGCGACGAGUUGAUCAGGGAAGAUGAGUACACAUUGUAUCAGUCAUUAAACUUGAGCUUAUUAAGAAAGGAGUACUGCCUCUAUCCCUAUCAGUUUAAUUUGGACUUCCCAAAGUCAAUUUGGAUUGUUAAACAUAACUGCUUGGAUAUGUAUUUACCAGCGACCUUUGAGAUCAUGAUGGUGGCAAUGGUAUGUAAUGUUCUUACAAUCGCCGUAUAUCUUUACAUAAAGAAGCUACGAAAUGUGAUAGGCAAGUGUCUUAUUGGCAGCUUGUGCUGCAUGUUUAUAGUGAACUUAAUCAGGACACUGGAUUACUAUAGCAUGCUAAUAAAUAUGUGCCUAGCAGCAGGUUAUGUUACUUACUUGUUUAGAAUAGCUUAUAGUAUGUGGGUCUGCUUCAUUAGUUAUCAUUUAUGGAAAGAGAACAGGUCGCUCCAUGCGAAAAAUCCUCGUUAUAGCUUCCUUACCUACAACGUCUUUGUUUGGGGAACAUCUGCCUUCGCGACUGGAGUCAUCGUUUUGAUGGAUAACGUUUGGGGAAGGGAUCUCCAUAAUUGGAAUUGGUUGCCCCUAGUUGGUUAUUCAGCAUGCUACUUGAGAAUUGGGACUUGGUAUUCCUGGAUCUACUAUUUCGGGCCAUUGAUGAUCCUCGGCAUAUUCAAUGUGGUUAUGUUUAUCUUGACGGCCAUUCCCAUUUGGAAAGUGAAAAGUGAACUGAAGAAGUUUAAACAACGGCCGAUGACAACCUGCUUAAAUUUCGAUAGUCAGACAUACGCAAUGUUUAUACGACUCUCUGCCCUGAUGGGAGUUUCCUGGAUGCUGAAUUUCCUUUCCUUCUUCACGAAGCUACGAGGUUUCUCAAAUCCUCUGAUUUCGCUAGUUAAUUACAUCCACUUUGGAUUUGGAAUUAUAAUAUUUAUACUACUUGUUGUAAAGCGUAGCACUUUUAGGUUGCUAAUGGAUAGAAUUCGGGGAACACGUUAG